CUUUCUAGACAGAUGGGUUGCCUCCCACAAUGUUACCAGUGAGAGAGUUUGAUUCAGCUGAACCGCAGUGCACCGGGCUAUGCAGUGAGGGAGGAGCACCCUUUUCAAAUGGAACAGUAAUCUGCUCCGCUCGGUAAGUCGCUCUGGAUAAGAGCGUCUGCUAAAUGACUUAAAUGUAAAUGUAAAUGUCAUGUUGUCAACAAGGCAGCAUGAUGCAUCGUUCAGAAACCUACAUCUUUAACCAUUUUUAACUUUUUCAUUUGGAAUGCGGAUAGUGUUUUUAUCAAGAGCAAUAAUUUUUGCAUGUGAAAACAGAGUCCUACAAUUUACUCCACAUGCUUAACCUAUGGCCACUUUUGUUUUGAGCCGACUCUACCGUCGGCCAAAAUGGAGCACCUGACUCACGCCCGGGAGGCAGCCGGUUCCAAAACAAAUACAAUUAAAGCUAACCCGGUUUACCCGGGGCAGUCCCAGGGCAUUAAUCAAAUACCCUCAGUGUUCCAGCAUACACACCUAGGUCUGGGAUUUCUGAGAUUAGGCUAGGAGUACAAUACUUAAAGGGGCAAUCCUUAGUUGAAACAAUAACAAAGCGGUCGCCCCCCUCUGUUCCGGUAAAAAGCUCAAGGAUGGGCCUAGAUAAAUGUAACCACUCUCAAAUGCAUAGACAUAGCUGUGGAAACAAUAUAUGAAAAGGAUAGUUUUAAGCAUGUUUUGAGGCUGUACAGUAUUUUACAUUUGCAAUGUUUACAGACAUUGGAGUAAAGCAGGCUUAUAUUUUGGGUUCUGAUGGGGUAUGGCAGUUAAAUUAAGCUCAUGAAGCAUAAAUUCUAUAUUAUUUAAAAAAUCAAUGGGUACAUAUUAAUUUACAUGUCCAAAAAUGUAUGUGGCAACUGCAGAUUGCCCCUUUAAAGGGCUGGCUUCCUGGACACAGCUGGACUAAAAAACAUUUAAAUCGUUUUUAUUUCUAGGUCUAGGUUUAGGCUAAUCUAUCUCUGGGAAACUGGCUCAUAGUGUUCUUAGUUAGAUUGGACAGUAGAUGGCAGUAAUCCCAUCUCUAUGACCACACUGCGUAAUGUACUCGAUCUAUUCUAUACGUUACAGUACAAUUUAUUUGAGUUACUCACGUAGCCUACAUCUGGGCGGAGGGAGCUAGAAAAUUCGCAUUAUUGAAUUGUGAUGUUCGGAUUUAUGCAUCAUUCGUUGUAAAAAAUAAAAACGACCAGCUGAUCGAACAACUUGCACAAAUAUGAUAUCGCGGAUACUCCAUAGAGGUGAUUUUCUAAACCUGGGGACGAACUUGAUGCUGUGUUUUCUCUGUGGGAUGACAUCAGGAGAUCCUACAACAGGAAGUGCAUUUGGCUUGAUGACAAAAUAUUCUUUGAUUGAUGGACAUAAUGACCUAGCUUUGAUGCUGAGGAUUCUCCACGGCAACAGACUGAGUCAGGUUGACCUUCACAACAUCAGCAAAGUGGCCACGGACAUCAACAGACUCACAACGGGACACGUCGGCGCUCAGGUGUUUGCAGCCUACGUGUUGUGUGGCGCCCAGGCGAAGGAUGCUGUGAGGCUCACACUGGAACAGAUAGACGUGAUCAACCGUAUGUGUACAGAGAACCCAGAACUGGAGCUAGUUACAUCUGCCAAAGGACUAAAUGACACUAACAGGAUAGCGUGUCUGAUCAGCAUUGAGGGAGGUCAUUCAAUAGACAGCAGCCUGCCAACCCUGCGUAUGUUUUACCAGCUGGGGGUUCGCUCCAUGGCCCUCACACACACCUGCAAUACACCUUGGGCUGAGUCCUCCUCAACAAUUUAUGAUGUCUAUCAAAGAGAAAAUGACAGCCUAACAGACUUCGGUAAGGAUGUGGUGAAGGAGAUGAACAGAUUGGGGAUGAUAGUAGACCUGUCCCAUAGUUCCUGGGCUACAGCCAGGGCAGUACUGCAGAUCUCUAAGGCUCCAGUUAUUUUCAGCCACUCCUCAGCCCAUGCCGUGUGUAACCACAGCCGCAAUGUUCCUGAUGACCUGCUCCGCGAACUGGAUGUGGUGAAGGAGAUGAACAGAUUGGGGAUGAUAGUAGACCUGUCCCAUAGUUCCUGGGCUACAGCCAGGGCAGUACUGCAGAUCUCUAAGGCUCCAGUUAUUUUCAGCCACUCCUCAGCCCAUGCCGUGUGUAACCACAGCCGCAAUGUUCCUGAUGACCUGCUCCGCGAACUGGAUGUGGUGAAGGAGAUGAACAGAUUGGGGAUGAUAGUAGACCUGUCCCAUAGUUCCUGGGCUACAGCCAGGGCAGUACUGCAGAUCUCUAAGGCUCCAGUUAUUUUCAGCCACUCCUCAGCCCAUGCCGUGUGUAACCACAGCCGCAAUGUUCCUGAUGACCUGCUCCGCGAACUGGUGAGAGCCCUGGCAGGAACUCUCUGUCUCUCUCUCUUUCUCUCUCUCUCUAACACUCCUCCAUCACUCCCCCUUUCAACCACCAUCGGCACGGUCACUCAUUGUGGGUGGCCUGUGUUUACUCCUUAUCAGGAGAGUCUUUUGGAAUUAUAUUUUGAUGAUGUCUUUCUUGUCUUUUGA